CCUCAGGCGCCAUGUUUGCUGGGGGCACGUCGCGUUAUUUUCUCUGGAAUUUACUCGAAGUGCCCAACCCCCUUCAGACGCCAUCUUUGUUGGGGGCACGUCGCGCCGUCUUCGCAGGAGCAACGCCUACCGAAAUCCCCGUCAGGCGCCAUGCUUGUUGGGGGCACAUCGCGCGGCCUGUUCCUGAGCCAACUUGAAGCCCCUCCCCCAGGCGCCAUGUUUGUUGGGGGCACGUCGCGCUACUUUCUCCUGAAGAGAGUUUAUUUGCAACCCUCCCUGGGGCGCCAUGUUUGUGAGGGGCGCGUCGCGCUGAAGCCCCCCCUAGGGCGCCAUCUUUGUCGCGGGCGCCCGCAGCAGGCGCGGCCGCCGGUGCCCGGAGGUCGCUGGGGCCUGGCCCCGGCCGCGUCCCGCGAGCUGCUGCGGCCCCCCCGGCGCGGCGCCGGCUCCAUGGCGGCCCCCGGGCCCGGGCCGCGCAGGCUGGUGGCGGCGGUGCAGCUGACGGCCACGGACGACGCGGAGCGUAACGCGGCGGCCUGCGAGCGCCUGGUGCGGGAGGCGGCGGCGCGCGGCGCGGGGCUCGUCUGCCUGCCCGAGGCCUUCGCCGCGCUGGGGCCGCCCGGGCAGCCCGGCCCGGCCGAGCCGCUGCGCGGGGCCCUGGUGCGGCGCUGCGCCCGCCUCGCCCGCGCCUGCCGCGUCUGGCUCUCCCUCGGCGGCUUCCGCGAGCUCCGCCCGGGCCACGGCCACGGCCACAGCGACAGCGCGGGGCGCGCCUACAACUGCCACCUGCUCAUCGGGCCCGACGGCUCCAUGGCGGCCGCCUACAGGAAGAUCCACCUCUUCGACGUGGAGCUGGCGGGGCGCGUCUCGCUGCAGGAGAGCAGCUACACCCACCCGGGCUCCGACAUCGCGCCCCCGGUCAGCACGUCCGUGGGCAAGGUUGGCCUCGCCAUCUGCUACGAUCUGCGCUUCCCUGAAAUCUCCCUGGCACUGGCCCGGGAGGGAGCCGAGAUCCUCACCUUCCCGUCAGCCUUCACCGAGACCACGGGGCCUGCCCACUGGGAGGUGCUGCUCCGGGCCCGCGCCAUAGAGACCCAGUGCUACGUGGUUGCAGCAGCGCAGACAGGGAAGCACAACGAGCAUCGCUCAUCCUACGGCCACACCAUGGUGGUGGACCCCUGGGGCCGUGUCAUUGCCCAGUGCCAGGAGGGGCCAGGGCUGUGCUACGCCGAGAUCGACCUUCCCUACCUGCACCGCCUGCGCCAGGAGAUGCCCCUCUGGGCUCACCGCCGGCCCGAACUCUACGGCAGUGUCGGCAUCCUGAAGAAGGCCCCGCUGCUCCACGAGGCUGUCGAAACUGAGGCGGACCCCUGCCAGCCUGGAGACAGCACAGAGGAGAAGCAGGAGGAGCCCCCACCUAUCACUAGCUAGUUCAUGAGUGGGUUGUGCCCAUCAGGUUUCCCUCGGUGGAGUAACUAGGGAGUUAGGGGGGGCCUAGCUGGCUUGCACCCCCCUUUCCCACUGCCAACAGGCACCAGGCUCCAGCAAAGGACAGCCAUAUAGCUGCCUCAGCCUGCCCCGAGCAGGGAGCAAGUGUGGCUGCCCCAGCAGCCAGGAUGGCCCUUGCACAGGGCCCAGGCGCAAGACUAGGCCUAGGUGAGCUGCCUUCCCCUCACAGCCACAAAAUAAAUGCGAAGAGUGAGGAAA